AUGGGAAAUUACGCAUCAGCAUGCAAUCUUAUGAUCUCGCCUAGAAUGAAGAGCAACAAAGCAGCCAGAGUUAUAUUCCCGACGGGUGAAAUCCGGCAGUUUCAGGAAUCCGUCAAGGCGGCAGAGAUCAUGCUCGACUGUCCCAACUUCUUCCUGGUCAACUCACAGUCGUUAAACAUCAACAGAAGGUUUUCUCCUCUUUCAGCCGAUGAAGAGUUGGAGUCUGGAAACUUCUACAUCAUGUUUCCGAUGAGGAGGUUGAAUUCCAUGAUUACGCCUGCGGAUAUGGCGCUUUUCUGGAUGUCAGCUAAUAGUGCGGCUAAGCGGAUUGAGUCAAAGAAGAUUAAUGGUGAUGCGAAGGCGAUGGAGGAGGAUGAGGUUGAGCAGCUGAGGAUGGCGGUGGAGGAGCUGCCGGAGUUUGGCUAUAGAAUGGCGGUUUGUAGGUCAAGGAAGCCAUUACUGGACACAAUUACGGAGGAGCCGGUUUGUUGCAGAUGA